CUUCCCAACAACAGCAGCAACUCUCUCACCCUCGCGCGAGUCUUACUUCCAACCACAAUCGCCGACUCUUCUUUUGCCGCCGAGCCAUCCAAAAGUAUUCCGAUUGUUACACGAGAAAUCCAGCAGCAAUGGCAGCAUCCAAGCGGAUGUUCCAAUUGGUCCCUCGCGUCCUCUCCGCGCCGGCUGUACAAUCCUCGGCUUUGAGACAAUGCGCCAGGACGCCGAUCGCAUCAAUUACCACUGGUAGGAGCCAUGUCGUGAAGCCGGUUUGCAGCGUUGCGCUGCAGCAGUCUCGCUGGCACUCGGCGUUCCCGUCCAACAAGAAGAGCAAGGUCUACCAAUUCGAAGAUGUUAUCUCCAUCCUCGAAACUCCCGCCAACUCGACCCUCCUUAUCGACGUGCGCGAACCCCACGAAUUCGAGGCCAACACCAUCCCCACUUCACUCAACAUCCCCGUGACAACCCAGCCUGAUGCGCUUCUUCUCUCCGAAGAGGACUUCUUGGAUCGCUUUGGCUGGGUAAAGCCGCCGCUGCAUAAGGAGGUUGUGUUCUUCUGCAAGGCUGGCGUGCGGAGUAGCGCGGCUGCGCAAUUGGCAAAGCAAGCUGGAUACGAAAAUGUAGGCGAAUACCGCGGAUCCUGGCUCGACUGGGAGAGGAGGGGCGGUCCUGGCACGCGUAGCCCACCUUCGCCCGGCGGAAUGGGUGAGCCUAGCGGCGGGAUCAAAGAGCACGAUAUCGAAGCCAUCAGUGACGUCGACCCUAACCUCAAGAAGACGCCAGCUUCGCAGAGCAACAAAUCCGGCGAAUAUGAGAUGUAA